CCCGAACGAACCCGAUCGCUCGCACCAGACGAAGGAGGCGAGGAGCUCCUUGUGUUUGGGUGGAUUUGCCCUUUGCGUUGCCCCCACCCUCACCGGGCCACAGGACGAAACCAACGCCACAACAACUCACACCCCCUUCGCCCGCGACUUGCUCAGUCGCAGCGAGCCGGGCCACAAGACGCGAGCGUUCCGGUUCAGGUUGGGGUUGGGGUUGCGCUCCCUCGUUUCAUCGUCGAUCCGCCCGCCCCGCCACACCGGCCCGGGGGCAGACAGAGAUCUCUCCCUCGCGCGCGCGUGCCGGCGGUGACAAAUGCGGCUUGAUUCGCCGGCGGACAAGCGGCGGUGAGCGAUGCAGCCGGACCAGAACCAGCAGCGGAGGAAGGGUUCAUCGGAGAUGGACUUCUUCAGUGAAUAUGGCGAUGCUAAUAGAUACAAAAUUCAGGAAGUCAUCGGUAAAGGGAGUUACGGUGUCGUUUGUUCAGCUAUUGACCAACAUACUGGCGACAAGGUGGCAAUCAAGAAAAUACACAAUAUCUUUGAGCAUUUAUCUGAUGCUGCUCGGAUCCUCCGUGAGAUCAAAUUACUCUGCCUAUUGAGACAUCCUGAUAUAGUUGAGAUCAGGCAUAUAAUGUUGCCUCCGUCAAGGAGGGAUUUCAAGGAUAUUUAUGUCGUCUUUGAGCUGAUGGAUACAGACCUCCACCAAGUCAUCAAGGCCAACGAUGACUUAACCAAAGAGCACCACCAGUUCUUUCUCUAUCAGAUGCUUCGUGCACUGAAAUAUAUUCAUACCGCUAAUGUUUAUCAUCGUGAUUUGAAGCCAAAGAAUAUAUUGGCAAAUGCUAACUGUAAACUCAAAAUAUGUGAUUUUGGGCUAGCACGAGUUGCAUUCAAUGACACUCCCACGACUGUAUUUUGGACGGAUUAUGUUGCUACUAGAUGGUAUAGGGCUCCUGAGCUUUGUGGAUCUUUCUUUACUAAGUAUUCACCAGCUAUUGACAUAUGGAGUAUUGGUUGCAUUUUUGCGGAGAUUUUAACUGGGAAACCUUUGUUUCCUGGUAAAAAUGUAGUUCACCAGUUGGAUUUAAUGACUGAUCUCUUGGGUACGCCAUCACUGGAUACUGUUUCCAGGAUCCGGAAUGAGAAGGCAAGGAGGUACUUGAGUAGUAUGAGGAAAAAACAACCGGUAUGUUUUUCUGAGAGGUUCCCCAAAGCAGAUCCUGCUGCACUCAAACUUAUGCAGCGGCUUUUAGCAUUUGACCCCAAGGAUAGACCAACGGCAGAAGAGGCGUUAGCUGAUCCAUAUUUUAAAGGCCUUGGGAAGGUAGAGAGAGAACCAUCCUGCCAGCCAAUAUCGAAAUUUGAGUUUGAGUUUGAACGGAAAAAGGUGACAAAAGAGGACGUAAAGGAACUUAUAUUCCGCGAGAUAUUGGAGUAUCAUCCUCAACUUCUCAAGGAUUACAUGAAUGGAACUGAAAAAACGAACUUCCUAUAUCCUAGUGCUGUAGACAAUUUCCGAAGGCAAUUUGCUAAUUUGGAGGAAAAUGGAGGGAAGGGAGGGGCAAUCGUUCCAUCGGACAGGAAGCAUGUUUCGCUCCCCAGUUCUUUGGUGAUCUCAUGGUACUAUGGAAUCGCUUUACAUGACAAAAGAUGGUCAGGACUACUACAGUUCAUUCUACACCAAUUCCUCCAAAAGAUCAGAAGUCUUCCCAAGUUCCCCAAAGGAUUCCAACAGGUAGACCAGGAAGAGUGGUUGGCCCGGUAAUACCAUUUGAGAAUUCAUGUGCUAUGGAUCCUUACAGUCAACGAAGGGUGGCGAGGAAUCCAGUACUUCCUGCAGCUGCUACCAAUGUAUCAGCAUACGCAUACCACCGAAAGUCAGACAGUUCAGAGAGAGAGUUACAGCAGGAGCUUGAAAAAGACCGCAUGCAGUACCAGCCGAUGCAGCGUUUCAUGGAUGCCAAGAUGGUCUCCCCUGACUUGAGGUCUACCUCCUAUUACAUGCCAAAGGGUGCCCCAAAAGCCGAUGUAGCAGAAAGGACUGGUUUGCAGCCAAACAUGAUGCAGGGAAUUGCCCCGUUUAAUGGCAUUGCUGCAGUUGGAGGUAGCUACAAUAAGGCCAGUGCUGUUCAGUAUGGAGUUUCAAGGAUGUACUAAGUGAUCUAGUGCAAUGACCACUUCCAAAAUGCUUGGCUUAGCUGAAGUAAUAACAUGGAAAUCGAAGUACUUCCUGAGUUGCCUUAUGGGCUGAAGGUUCAGACAGUGGAUCGAUGAUCUUCGAUCGAGGAGGAAGUUGAUGUCUCAUGAAGAACAAAAAAAAUAAGAUUAUGCAAAGACAACAUCCUGCCUCUUGAUCUAGCUGCCAAGGAAAGAAUGACAUCUGGUAAUUUGCUGCUAAGGGGAAAAGCCGAAGUUGGGGGUACAAGAUGAUUGAGGUCUAUGUACUUUGAAAGAACGGAAACAUAUCGGAAUAAUGGAAAUGGUGAACUUCUGUACAUAAAUAACUUGAUUUUUCUUUGUAUUACUGUCGGCGAGAGCUGUCAGUUUUGCUCCAUAUUCAUGUGGCAAUGUGAUUUAUUUUUCUGGGUUUGAAGCACUUAUGCAGUUAUGCUUCUGUAGGAGUUCAGCGUUGUAAUACUUUGGAGUAUGUUUAGAUCUGUAAUAGAAUAACAAGACCAAACUUCAGUAAGAUAGAAUGGUAAUGAACUGCUAGUUUUGGGGGUUGUUGGCUCAACCGUGGUACA